AUGGCUGAGCUCACCAACGACAACCCCAAUAGACCGCUCUUUUUCUACUUGACGGGUGCUGCCUACGGCGAGUUCUCUCAGUGGUACAGCUGCCACUUUAGCGUUUCCGUCGACGAAAUCUACUCUGUAACUACCAAACCACCCCCAGGCGACAUCGAUGGAGCCCAAAAACUAGAGUUCAAGACCGCCGAACAGUUCAUGAUGUACCUCAAAGCGGUGCAGUUCGAGGACCUCGCCAUCGCAAAGAAGAUCCUGGCGACAUCCGACCCAAAGGCGCAAAAGAGACUGGGAAGACAAAUAAAAGGCUUCAACGAUGCUGAAUGGGAUCAGAUCAAGCAGGAUGUGGUGGUGAGAGGGAACCUGGCCAAGUUUGGGCAGAACGAAAGACUUCGAGGAGUGUUAUUGGGGACAGGCGUUAGAGAGUUGGUCGAGGCAGCAAGCAACGACCGGAUCUGGGGAAUUGGCUUCACUGAGAAGCAAGUGGUGGAGGGGCCGGUGGAUAGGGAGUGGUGGGGGGAGAACAGACUGGGGAAGGCCUUGAUGGAGGCUAGAAGAAGGCUGAGGGGGGAGGACAAGGUGCUGGGCUGA